AUGGUAAAAACUUGUAAGAAUCAACGGGGAAUCAAGAAUGCCAACAGGGAUGCCAAGAGAAAACUGAAGAGAGAUUGCAAUCUUGUAGCCGUGCUCUUGACCAUGGAACAAAUGGCUAAUAACUUAGGCUUGGUUUGGAGCAUAAAAAAUCAUGCCAAGGAACUAUACAAGAAAGCAGAAGGUAGUAGGGUAUUUAGGGGACGGAGAAGACAUUCAAGGGCCUCUAUGGUGGCAUGCUUGUACUUGGCAUGUCAAGAAGAGGAAUUUCCAAGGACUGUAAAGGAAAUGCAAAGUGUUUCUGGAGGAGCCAAAGAGAAGAAUAAACAUAUUAACAAGGUCAUAGGAGUGUUCAAAAAGCAUUUUCAGGUGGGCAGAAAUUAUGGCAAGACACAAGCCUUGGACUUAGGUGAACGCUUAUGCACCAAUCUCUUGGCCUUGACAACCAUGUCAUCAAAGCUAUGA